AUGACUCCACUCAAGAAAGUUAAAGCUGAUUUGGACCCUGUUAAUGGAAGACUUCAACUCAUCUCUGCCAAGCAAAAGGACACAAGCAACCAAACAAAUGCUUCAAGCUAUGACGAUUCAGCUAAUUAAGCCAUCAGUAAUACAGAAGUUGUCAGAGCUUUAACCACUAGAGAUGAACCAGGGAACAGAGAAGCAGCUGUCUGACCUGUUAUCCAAGUACAUCACAUACUUAGCAUCUAACAUCAGCGACAGAUUUCAGGAAUCCUUGCCUGUUGUCAGUGCAUUUCAAGUCUUUGAUCCAUUGCUUGUUCCAGAUGUUGGAGGCGUCGGUUUUCCUGACUAUGGUGAAAUUGAUGUGAAAACAAUGGCAGACCACUUUUAUUCAGAAUCUGCUGUGAAGGCUACCCAGUUGAAAGACGAGUGGAGAAAAUUCAAAUAUGAUCUUACAAACUGGCAGAGGAAAGUUAAAGAGGAA